CUCAGCCACCAAACCCGACUCCACACCAGUACACCACACCGCAACGCCUCCCAUCUCUUCCCCCCUCGCUUCUCAUCUUCCUUGUUGCUAAGCCCCGACAAGGCAAGAGCCCCAAGAGAGUAGAGAGGAGAGGGAGCUAGGCAACACGAGCUGCGCGGCCGCCAUCCGGCAGCUACUCCAAACAGCAACGUCUUAGCCGACGAGAGCCCUCUCCACCUACCCACCAACCCCUCCUCCUGUCUCCUCCCCUUGGCUUUUCGUCGAGGAGUUGGUGGGCACCUGACUCUGCUAAGGCGGGCGGGCAGGGAAGUAAGUAAGCGCGAGUGAGGGAGUGAGCCGGCGGCGGCCGUGGGAGAGAUGAAGAAGCUGUACCAGGGGAAGGGCCGGCGGGUGCACCCGGCGCCGGCGGACGCUGCGGCCGGUGUGGUGCUGCCUGCUGCCGUGCUGGCCCUGGCGUCGGCGCUGACGGCGGAGGAGCAGGAGGUGCUGGCCUACCUGCUAUCCUGCGGCGGCGCGGCCGGGGGCCGGCGCCGCCGUUGCGGGCCCCACCCACCGGAGAUGGGCUGCGGGUGCUUCGGCUGCUACAAGAGCUUCUGGGCGCGCUGGGACGCGUCCCCCAACCGCCACCUCAUCCACCGUAUCAUCGACGCCGUCGAGGAGGGUGGUGGCGGAGGCCCCCCGCGCCGCCCUUCCCGCCGCCGGCGCCGCGGCCGGCGCAACAGCGACGCCUUCGAGGAUGCCGCGGAUGCCGGGGAGCCGGACAUCAGCGUGGAGCACCACCCAAGCUGCGACGGCGGGAGAGACGGCGACGACGAGGGGAAGGAUGGGUGCAGCAGCAUGGACGGCGACGAGGACGACGAGUCGAUGGCCGACGAGAGCGAUUGCAGCGACAGCAACGGCAACACCGAGAAGAGCACGGUGGGGAGGCUAGUCCGCUUCAUCGGGGAGAAGGUGUGGGGCGCCUGGAAUUGAUCCAGCUGAGCUGUCUGAGCAGCCUGAGUAGGUGCUGCAGCUCACUUGUUCUUGUAGAUUAGGGAAAGGAAGGAGACCACCAAGAAGGUCUUGUCAAGGUCAGUACCAAUAGUAGCUGUUUUGAUCAAGAGCACCUCUGCUCUGCUCUAUGCCGUUUUCCUCUUCUUUCUUUUGGUUAAUUUCUUGCACUCUGGUGAGCACCGUGAGGCUUGCAGGGCGAAAUUAGCAUUAUCUGAUCCAAAUUCGGUCCUCCCCUUCAUCCUCCUUUGUACCAUAUUUUUGCUCCUUUGGUUCUACAAUGAACCGCUUGCAAGAGAACAAGAUCCUUUCCCUUUC